AUGAUGUUAAAGGGGAAGCUUGAUGAUCAAUUCUUUGACAUCGCGGAUAGGGUGCCUGGAAGCUGUGAUGAUUCAGAAGAUGAAACCGCAAUGCAAGAAUACUACGGCUGUGUCUUUCCACAUAGUACAAUGGUGCUCUACAGUCGACGAACGGGAGCACCUCUUGCUGCUCUGACUCUUGCUACUAGUGAUUCCAACUGUCAGAGCAUGAUCACGAGACGACCAGCUCCACCCGAAGGUUCUGAAGCCUACUUUCAGGGUAUGCUGGACAAGGAAGGCGCCUUCUUUGAGUUCACCAUCUCAAACUUAUCAUACAGAGGGAGUAUAAACUUCAACAUCCUUCAUACUCCGUAUCGAGUGUCCGCAACAAACCAAGGACCAUCGUUUGGAAUGAAUGAAGUCAAUGAGCUAAGCCCUAAUCAAUCCUACACCGUUAGGGCGAACCAACAAAACAAUCGAAGAAUGUGUCUCAGAGGAAAGACAAAAACAAUUCAAGACCACCAUUCGACAGUUCAAUGCCCAAUGUCAGUCACAGAGGCUGAAUCAGAUACCUCUCAACAGGGAUUAUACUUUUGCUUAAGCGUUGCCCCUGAAGCUUCUUGUCCGGCUCUGGUGGUACUCUUCUCAGAAGGAACCGUAUGGAAGGUUGCAGAUGGAUUUACUCGUGAAGUUCCAAUACCCAAGACUCGUCGGUCUUACAGGUCGUGCUUGCCAAUAAGCCCUAAGCGUCCUCUAGAAUCUGGAUCCUUAUCUGACUGGUCAAUUAACACUACUCGAGCGUCUGAUUCGGCAGCGUUCUCCAUUUCUUCGAGGCAACGGAGAAGUAAGUGUCCCCUGGAGCGGGCCUCUAUGAAGAGUAUUGGGAUUGACAACACUGUCAUCCCAAUCCCAAGGCCUGAACGCAGGUCCAUGACAUAUGUGGACGAUCAUCUCUUUGACAAUCCAUCCCGAAGCAGCUUCAGCCGCGCCUCCAUGACCAGCAUUGAUAUCGGUGAUAUGUUUGCUUCUCAACAGUCACCUAGGCAAAGGCAGCAACGGCGAAACACUACCAUGCAGAUUCCUAUAGACAUCGGUCACACUCAAGCUGCCGAUCUUGAUUAUGGGGAAGAAAUUCAAAUCAGAUCCGAAGGCUCAAGUCUGGUAUUCGAUUUUGACAAGGCAUCUGAUCCCACUGUUCUCUGCAUGUCUAUCUGGAAGGAAAUGAGUCAACAUCUUCUUGUGAAUGAUGAUAGGCAUGGAUCGCCCCGCAGAGUCAACUCCCGCGAGUCUCCUGGAAAUCUUGAGCAAUCGAGGAAUUGUCCAGCGCUUCAGAGCUUUGAGGACGAAGCGAUCGAGUAUCAACUGAACAUUUGCAUGGCGGACGUUAUGUCGCCAGUUGACACCAUUCUGAUACCAUGUGGUCACCAGUGCUUCCAUUCCGGAAAUCUGAAUCAUCACAACAUUACCCACUGUCCGCAAUGUCGCACUCAGAUCUCCGCCAUAAUGCCCUUGAGCAUGACGUGUUGA